UGCAAAAAUCACCGCUUUUUAGGCGCCUUUCUCAUAUCUGGAAGAGGGAGAGAGAGAGAGAGAGAGAGAGAGAGAGAGAGAGAGAGAGAGUCAGUGCGCGAAGUCUCCGGAGACACACGCCCCCACCCCCACGCAAAAACACACGCGCGCGCAGAAGCUGAGAAGAGAGACACGGACUCUGUUCCGCUGCUGGAAUUGGAGUACAAACGCGUCCGAACGCACAAAUCGUGGAUUAUUACGCGAAGAACGCGCGGAAACCAUGAGCUGGGGAACCGAGCUAUGGGAUCAGUUUGAUAACCUGGAAAAGCACACACAGUGGGGAAUCGAUUUUGUGGAAAAAUACACCAAAUUUGUGAAGGAAAGGUCUGAGAUCGAGCUUAACUAUGCAAGACAGAUCAGGAAUCUGUCCAAGAAAUACCAGCCUAAGAAGAAAGAGGAAGAUGACAAUAAGUACACGUGGUGCCGCGCGUUUCAUUCGACGCUUAACGAGAUGAACGAUUAUGCAGGACAGCAUGAGGUCAUCGCAGAGAACAUGAUGUCACAGAUCAUCGCCGAGCUCACGCGAUACACACAGGAAAUCAAAACAGAGAGGAAAGCGCAUUUCCAUGAUGGACGGAAGGCACAGCAACAGGUCGAAGCCAGUUGGAAACAGCUGGAAGCGUGUAAGCGAAAGUUUGAGCGGGACUGUAAAGAAGCAGAUCGAGCCCAGCAGUAUUUUGAGAAGAUGGACGCAGACAUCAAUGUGACGAAAGCAGACGUGGAGAAGGCACGGCAGCAGGCUCAGAUGAGACACCAGAUGGCUUCUGACAGCAAGAAUGAAUAUUCCUCAUACCUCCAGAAGUUCAACCAGGAACAGAACGAACAUUAUUACACCAUAAUCCCUAAUAUCUUCCAGAAGAUCCAGGCAAUGGAGGAGAAGAGGAUAGAGCGAAUGGGCGAGUCGCUGAAGACAUAUGCAGAGGUGGACCGACAGAUUCUGCCCAUCAUUGGGAAAUGCCUGGACGGAAUAACACAAGUAGCCGAGUCCAUCGAACCCAAGAAUGACUCCUCUCAGGUCAUAGAGUCGUAUAAGUCUGGGUUCGAGCCUCCUGGCGAUGUGGAGUUUGAAGACUACGGUCAGGCGAUGAAGAGGACGGUGUCUGAGACCAGCCUCACAAACUCACGCCCGGACAACAAAGCGGACCGUUCCAGCAAGAGCAAGAGCAAAACUCUCUGGCCUUUCAUUAAGAAAAACAAGCUUAUGUCCCUGUUAACAUCCCCCAUACCUCGCCAGUCCCCCCCUGAUCCUCCCUCACCUUCUGCUGUGACCCCUGACCCUUGCCCCACUCCCCAGACCCCCAAACAGUCCAAGGAGCCCUUGUCCUACCGAUUCAACGACCUCAUGACCUCCAAGCCCAAAAUGCACUGCCUCAGGAGCCUCCGGCGAGGGCUCUCACUCAAUGCCCACGUGCGGAACCUUAUUGAGGGUGCGAAUCCUGAGGACUUCAGUCAUCUUCCUCCAGAGCAGAGAAGGAAGAAGCUUCAGGCGAAGAUCGACGACAUCAAUAAAGACAUACAGAAAGAGAUGGACCAGAGAGAUGCUUUGACUAAAAUGAAGGAAGUGUACAUAAAGAACCCACAGAUGGGGGAUCCCAACAGCGUGGACCCUCGGUUAGCAGAGAUCGCCCAAAACAUUGAGAAACUGCAGGCGGAGGCACAGAAAUUUGAGGGCUGGUUAGCGGAGGUCGAAGGAAGAAUGCCAGUAAAGAGUGACCCUCCGAAGAGAAUGAGUGUUCUAUACGAGACCCAAAACAGCAUGCCACCCACCAACAACAACUGUGCACAGGAUAGAGAGAGCAGUCCGGAUGGCAGUUAUACAGAGGAACCGAGUUCUGAGGUCCAGAGUAAAGUCCAACCCGAAACAGCGGAGUCUGGAGAUGAAUUUGAUGACGCGGACGAAGAAAUUCAACCGACCAUCGGCACCUGCAAAGCCCUCUACCCAUUUGAUGGUGUUAAUGAAGGCACCAUCUCAGUAACGGAGGGUGAGCUCUUGUAUGUAAUAGAGGAAGACAAAGGUGACGGAUGGACGCGUGUUAGAAGAAACGAGGAAGAGGAGGGUUACGUCCCCACAUCCUACGUCGAGGUCUUUCUGGACUCAAAUGCCAAAGAUGUGUUUUCCUGGAGAAGGGUUUUUCUUUCUGAGGAUUCGUAAAGUAAGGAAGGAGGACUCAGUGUUGCAGGGCAAACAGCAGCCACAUGUGAGGAAACUACAGCCUUCCCUCCAUGAACCACCCUAGAGACAGAUGAGAGACAGACACAAAAUACAGAGAGGACGAGGCUAUAGAGACAUCUCGGCCUAAAUUCUCCUACUGUAGAGAGGAACUUUAACAGCGAAUCAGAGAAAUAUUAUGGCAUUUAGAUUUAUUACCUGUUUGUUAUUUUAUAAUAAGGUGAAUAUGAUCUGCAUAUAUCAUUUUGCUUUACGGCUCUUCAUCGCUGCUGAAUGGCGCUAAACUUUCUUUCAGCCUGUGCGAGUGAGUGAGUGAGUGUACGUAUGUGUGUUUGUCUUUAAAGGUCUUAAAUUUCCUCGAAAUAAAACCCUGGGAAUGUGGUCUGGAAAAGGAGCUGAAAUUUUGGUACCACAACAGUGCUGCGUUCCAUCCAUAUUCCUACAAUAUAUAGCUUGAUGCUCGAAAGAUAAUGUACACUACUGGACAAAAGUUGGAACAAUUAAGAUUUUGUAGUGUUUUAAAAGAAGUCUGCAUUUAUUUGUUUAAAAUACAGAAAAAACAGUAACAAGUUGUUUUUUACAAUUUAAAAUAGCUGAUUUUGAUUUGAAUAUAAUUUAAAUUUUAAUUUAUUCUUGUGAUGCCAUGCUGACUUUUCAGCAUCAUUACUCCCGGCUUCAGUGUCACAUGAUCCUUCAAAAAACAUGGUAAUAUUUGGAUUUACUUCUCAAUUAUGAUGUUGAAUUAUGGUGCUCGGUUAUUAAUAAUGGUUCUUAUCAUCUUCAGUGCAGAAAACAGUUUUUGCUGCUGAAACCCUGAUGAAUAGAUAGUACAAAAGAGAAAUUCAUUUAAAUAAAACUUUUUUGUAACAUUAUUAAUGUCUUCACUGUCACUGUCGAUCAAUUACCUGCAUCCCUUCUGAAUAAAAAUGUUAAAUAUUCUUUUCUUUUUUUUUUACUUUUGAAUGGAAGUGUAUCACGGUUUCCACAAAAAUACAAAUAUAAAUUACAUUUUAAAAUAUAUUAAAAUAGACAAAAGAUUUUUAAAUUGUAAUUAUAUUUCACGGUAUUACUGUUUUUGCUGUAUUUAUGAUCAAAUAAAUCCAGCCUCGGUGAGCAGAAGAGACUUCUUUUCAAAACAUUAAUAAACUGUAAUUGUUCUAAACUUUUAGUGUAUAAAGAAACAUUUUAGUGUAUAAGUUUUACAGGUGUAUGAAUAUCAACAAAUCAUGUAUAUAAACUUACGAUGUAGGAACUUUGACUCAUUCAUACAUUUGAUUUGCUUGAAAGCAUUUGUGUACCAUUAACCACAUGUUCUGCCGUAUGAUGUGAAAUGUCUUUAAGUGUCGUUCUGUUGCACUUUUCCAAGUUGCAAGCUGGAAUCUUUCUUGAGUUGGAAAGCAGCAUUAAAAUUCUUUAUGAUGUCACUCAUUCCAGCUCCUUUAUCAGGCCACACCCCUUUAGACCGUUUGACUCCACCUCCCAAAAAUAAAAGCUGCUGGCCAUUGGUUGCUCAUAUGGCUGUUGCACAUGUCAGGGGCGGGGCUUCACUGGCCAAUAGCAUGUCUGCUUGCCCUGGCACCUCCUCUGUCUCCGCCCUUCCAGUGCAAUUACUAAUACUGUCUGUCUGUUUGCCAUCUUAUCCAACUCAUUUUUAUCUAACGUCCCUUCAGUGAUUCACAUGUUCAUUCAUUUCAUCUAUUAGACUUCCUGCUUUACCUUAACCGUCCAAUCAUCAUGCUCAAAUGCUGUAUUUGUUUGUCAGGCCAGGGAGGGAUUAUAUUUACACUCAUGAAUAUGCUAAUGUCCUGUUGAUAUGGAUAUGUAUUUAUUGUGACAGCUAUUUGUUCAUGUCUUCAUGGUUUUACCCUGUGGAGCACCCAGCCGAGAACCUCGCAACCUCAUUGGUUUCUCUGGUUUUAUAUAUAUAUAUAUAUAUAUAUAUAUAUAUAUAUAUAUAUAUAGUAUGUAAUGGUUUAAUUGUACUCUGAGCCAAAUGUACAGGUUAACCAGAUAUUAUGACAUGCAUCAUGUGAGCUGUGAGAGUUUGUAUGGCUCUCUUAACCUGAGGAAUAGACUUGGAGGUUUUUAAUUCAACUGAUUGUUUCCCCCCUUUUUAACGUAAUCACUGAGGUUUGACAAAGGGGAGUUUGAUUUUGCAGGGGGUUUUUUUUGUGUGAAGACAAUUUUUUUUUCAUCAUCUUCCAAUCUUUACUCGCCAUCCCUGAGGCACAUAACAAUUUCAACUUGUUUUUUUUAGAUUUUUAAAUUCUCUCUCACAGUCAUUUUGAGUCCAUGAGAGGUUUUACUUAUUUAAUUUUAAUUAUUAUUUUUUCUUGAUUAAGUAGGUUUGAACUCCAAAACAUCUACGUCGCUACAGGCAUCAUUAUGGAAAUAAAAAUUCGCACAUGCCACAGAUCUGCUAUUUAAUGAAGAAUGCUUUUCUUAUUUUUAACAAAGCGCUUAUUGAUGAAUUAUUAUGUUUUAUGUUGAAUGCAUUGAGCAGCCUCUCAGAAUAACUGACUCACUCGCUAUUGAUGAACCUGUAAAUAUAAACACAUGUACUAAAUGAGAAAUUGUUUUGAAAGGUUUUUGAAACAUCUCACCAUCUUGAAGAGGAAAACGUCAUUUUGUGUGUCUUCCGAACAUAUUUUCUCAAGUGCUCUGUCUCUCUUUGAGAACAAAACAAUUGCAAAACAACUUUAUUUAAUCUUUUUUAGCAUUGUUUUACUCUGCCGGCUAUCGCUGUAUGACAUAUACAUACACACAGCUGACUUAUUUGGCUUGUCAGUGACAAGAGUUAUUAGCCCUCUGCCCCUACCUGCUCUUUUUGGGGCUUCAAAACACCAUUCCCAAAUCAGAGAAAUAUAAAUAUAUAUAUGUAUAUCUAUAAGUACAAGUCUAUAAAUAAGAGUGAACUACCAAUCCAUGGUAAGAGUCUAUUUUUAAAUUUUGAUUAAUAAAAAUGUCCCAGUUUCUUUUCUCUGCUUUGCUAAAUGAAUUUUUUUGGGGGGUCUCGUUUGGUGGGGUCUGCCAAAUGUUUGUUUUGCACUUUUUUGUUUGUGUUCAAUUUGUUAUGCUUGUGUUUUGGAGCACUGAAGACUUUGUAUGUGUUAACUGUGCCAAUUAAAGAUAGAGGGAAAAAAUCAAUGAA